GAAGAGACACCAAGUUUUCUCCUUUUUGAUGAUUCUCUUUCUUCUCCCCAGUUCUCCCUCUUCACUGCUAUCCAUAAGCACUACAGCCUUGAUCAAUGGCAAGAGUUUGCUAGCCAGAAUCCUGACUGUCUUGAGUAUCUGGCUGCUAGCUCAGGCACAGGCUCUUCUGACUUUGAGCAGCUGGAACAGAUCCUGGAAACUAUUCCCGAUGUGAAAUAUAUAUGCCUGGAUGUAGCAAAUGGUUACUCUGAACACUUUGUUGAAUUUGUAAAGGAUGUCCGGAAGCGCUUUCCCCAACACACUAUCAUGGCUGGGAAUGUGGUAACAGGAGAGAUGGUGGAAGAACUGAUUCUUUCUGGAGCUGACAUCAUCAAAGUGGGAAUUGGUCCAGGCUCUGUGUGUACAACCCGGAAGAAAACUGGAGUGGGGUACCCACAGCUCAGUGCAGUAAUGGAAUGUGCGGAUGCUGCUCAUGGUCUCAAAGGCCACAUCAUUUCAGUAAGCCCCAAGGGGUGGAUUGAAUAUGAGACUGCCAAACAGCUGAGUUUUCUGUGGUGUGGAGGCUCUGGU